AACACACGCAUCGACCCGUCAAGCGGUUCAGAGCGGAGCGGAGUGAGAGAGCGAGUGAGGGGAAGGAGGCUGUCGGCUUGUUUUCUUUUCUAGCCAGUGAUUAUUUAUUUGUUUUUUUUUGGAAAAUAACUGUCUUUUCGGGAGCCGAGGACUUUCGAGAACUACAGGACUGCACCUCGAGACAGCUGUCGACUUGGUACAGUAAAAAAAGAAACAAGUUCUUCAACUAUUUUGGAAGUUUCUCAUUCAUCUCACUGGGCUUUCCGCUAGCCUAGCAUUUUACGGAGCAAAGGGAGAUGUUUGGACUGUAACGUUAGCAUUUAGCCAUGAAUUAGAUCUCUCUUGAAGACUUUUAUGCGCUUUCUAAGCUCUAAAAGGGUGCUGUUUACCCUUUGAUUUUAAAAUCUUGCAGACUUUAGUGUGGUGGGUGUGUGUAGCUGUGAGGGUAUCGAUUCGAUUCAUUCAUAUAUGCCAACAACAACAGCAUCAACAACAACAACAGAAAAAUGGAACAACCGUUUUAUCAUGACGACUCGUUUCUCUCUGCUUAUGGCCACCCAGACGCUGCUCUGCACGACUACAAGCGGCUAAAGCAGAACAUGAGCGCCGGCUUCGCCGAGCCAUACCGGAGCCUCAAGUGCCUGCGGCCGGACAGCGACUUCUACGCGGCUGGAGCCGGAGGAGCAGGGGACCCGGUUUCUCUGAAGCUCGCUUCUCCCGAGUUGGAGAGGCUCAUCGGCGGCGGCGGAGGCGGCGGAGUGAUCACCAGCCCGAGCCCGGGCACUGGCACCGGAGCCGGUGCCGCACCGGUCCAGCAGCACGUGUACGCGCGCACGAUCGCCGAGGAUCAAGAGUGCUUCGCGGACGGCUUCGUGAAGGCGCUGGACGAGCUGCACAAGAUGAACCACGUGCCUCCACCCAACGUGGCUCUCGGAGGAGCCGGCGGCGGCUCCUCGUGCGCCGGUGCACCUGUGUUCCCGGACGCCCCGGUGUACGCUACGCUGAACAGCUGCCAUCCCAACACUACCCUGCCUCCGGCGGCGAGCUACCCCACGGCAACUAUCAGCUACCUGCCCCAGUACCACCACCACCAUCAGCACCAGCACCACCACCACCAGCCCCAUCACUUCCAGCACGCGGCCAGGCUCGCCGGCUUGAAAGAGGAGCCGCAGACCGUGCCGGACCUGCAGGGAGACGGCUCUCCGCCUACGUCGCCCGUGGACCUGGAGGACCAAGAGCGGAUGAAGGCGGAGCGCAAGCGGCUGCGCAACCGGCUCGCGGCCACCAAGUGCCGGCGACGGAAGCUGGAGCGCAUCUCGCGCUUGGAGGACAAGGUGAAGGUGCUCAAGUCCGACAACGCGGGGCUCUCGAGCGCCGCCACGCUUCUGCGCGAGCAGGUGGCACAGCUCAAGCAGAAAGUCAUGACGCACGUCAGCAGCGGGUGCCAGCUGAUGCUCGCGCCCAAAGUCAAGACGUACUGAAAAUGGACAUUAUCGAGAGGGACAGUGACUUUUUUACAAAAGUACAAAUGUUUGUGAUGAAAAUGCAUUGUGUGUGUGUGUGUGUGUGUGUGUGUGUGUGUGUGUGUGUGUGUUUGGUGAUGGGCCAGAUCAAGUCUUACUGAACGGACAGUGACUUUAAAAGGUGUCAGUGUUGAGGUCUGCUCGCGCACAAGAUCAAGUCUCCCUCAAAGGACAAUGACUUUUUAAAAAGAGUGGUUGUGCGCGCGCGUGUCUGGAAGAGGAUGCGGUGCAAAAAAUGCAUUUUUCAUGCAAACAGUACUUCAGCACUUUUGUGCAUUUGUGUGUGUUUUCCUGUAGAAAACUAUAUUGUGUUGCUGCCUCUUGUUUUGUAAAGCAUUUCCUUACUAAAAAAUACUUUGUUCGUCUGGUACUUCCAAAUGAAAUGAAAUGAAAUGCGUAGGAAAGCAAUCCUGGGACUGUAGAAGCACUGACUUUAAAAAAAAUGAGGGAUAGAAAGAGAGAAAGAAAAAGGAAAACAUCUUAAAAUGAAUUUGUUCACAUGUACUUGUGCGUGAUAUCCUAUGAAUACAUUACAGUAAGUUAUUGUCACUGUUUACGUCUGGUUGAUCCGGACAAAACACUGUAAAUGUUUCUUUUUUGUUUGUUUGUUUUUGUUUUUUUGGGGAUUUUGUAUUUAAGUAAAAGCCUUUGAAACAA